AUGCAGGGCACCACUGAGAACCGCCCUCAGAAUGGCGGUGCCGGCGGCAAACCCAGCAAAGCCAUGACCGCCGAAGAGUUCGAACGGCUAGUUCAACAAGAAAAGACCACCACCCGCAUAUCCCUAUCCAACAGCCGUCGCAACGCCAACCCAGACGACGGAUACAAUUCCGAUGCCUCCAUCGACAGAGCGCUUGGAUCGCCUGCUGCCUUCUUUGACUAUGUCGCAAAUGGUCCUACCCAGCAGAACCGGCUCUCUAUUGCGCCCCAGUUCCAGCCUCAACCUCAGACGUCAAAUUCCCAACGGAAGCAGCAGAAGAGGGAGCAACGGGAACAGCAACGUACCGAACAGAGGGAACAAAGGGAGCAGAGGGACCAGAGGGACCAGAGGGAGCAGAGGGAGCAGAGGGAGGUGAGGGACCCAAGGGACCCGAGGGAUCCGCAAUAUGGCGGUAUGAUGGGUGGGCCCGAGGAAGGCCCACAGCAACAACAACAAAUGCAAGGACGUGGACACCCACAGCAGCAGCAGCAACAGCAGCAGCAAGCGCAACAACAACAACAGCGCAUGUCUGUAGCCCCCGGCGGACCUGGUGCGCCAAGAGUAUUCCCGGGGGCAUUACCCCCAAGAACGCAUCCCAUGCGGCAGUCCAUGGGCCCGCAAGGGCCCUAUAUAGCUGGACCAGAGGAGAAGAUGUAUCAGGAACAGCCUCAACCCCAACAACGACAGCAGCAGCAGCCACAAAUGGUGGUCCCACCGCAGCAACAGAAUCCUCAGCGAAUGCAGCAGGAGCGAGCUCCCCAACAACAACAACCACCGCUCGGCUCCGACAUCAAGUUUACAGGACCACCCAUCCAGCACGCACCCCCUGCGGAGCGCUCAGGCCCACCCUUCAGCUCCUCCAAAAAGUCAACCCCAGUCGAGCCCGCUGGUCAGACCAGCAGCACCGGCAGCGCAUCUGGGUCCUUCCCGGAGCAAAAGGACAAAAAGAAGAAAAAGGGCGGGUUCUUUGGUUUCGGUAAGAAAAAGAAGAACAACAAGGAUGAGGACAAGCAGCAGCAGAAUGGCGUUGCGCCGACUCAUAUCCGUGACCCCCCUGCUCGCGGCGGUGGUGGUCAAGAUAGCUGGGAUCAGGGCGGAUCAUACGAGCGCACAAAUGUGUUCCAUGGUGCUCAGCAGGGUCGGACCGGUGAUGACCUGUUGAGUAUUCCUUCCCAUAUAUCGAACAAGGAAGUCAGGAGGAGCAUCAUCAUUGCGGAGGAUGAAGGGAGGUUCGGAGCGCCGUUGAUCGAUGUGAACGCUAUCUCCCAGCGGCCUCGUAGGCCUGAAAGUCUCCUGAAGGAUCAGAAUCAGAAUGGGGGACAAUAUCAGCAGCAUCACCAUCAACAUCACCAUCAACAACACCACAUCGCUCAACCCCAAUCUCAAACACGGGCGUCCCCGCCUAGUGGUCAAGGCUCACGAGGAGCCUCCCCACAGCAGGGCGGUCACCCAGACAACCGCGGACAACCACCCGCUGGUCCCGUGCAACAUUCCCAGGGCCGCUGGCAACGGGAUGAAAAGGGCGGGCUCAUUUGGGUCACGGAGCCCAUGACACCCGUAACACUCGCCGCGGGUCAGUCGCCGCAGCUCCAACACAAGGGGAGCAACUCGCAAUUGCAAAAUGCCGCCACCGGUCCGACCCGGACGUCAUCUAUCAAUGGUGCUUACCGCAUGUCGCAGGUGCCACCCGGUGCGAUGGGUCAAGCCAUGUCCCUGAACACCAGUGACAUGCAAAAGGAUCCCAACGCACGGCCCCAAUCCCAGUCCCAACAAGCCCAACGCCCCAUCUCCACCGCCAACCCUCAAACCUGGCCCGCCUACCAACAGCCCACCCCGCAAGACCGCACCUCCCACCUCCUCGUCGUUCCCAACCCCGAACGUGACUACAUCCCCGGCGACGGCAGCGACUGGUCUUCCUCCUCCUCCGACGGCCACCACGACGACUACGACCUCAACAGCACAGACGGCUACGACGACCCCUACAACAACGACGCCGACCACGAAGACAACUACGACGAACUCGACGACGAAACCCUGCACAACACCGAGCUGAACGCGGUUACGAAUUACGGGAUGCAUCAGCCGUUACCUUUACCCGGAUCUCACCCGGCUGUUAGGGCCGCGAGGAAGAAGCAGGGCGUGGGCGUAGAGUUCUCGACGGUUAUGGAGGAAUGUUUGGGGGCUGUGGAGGAUAGUGAUGGGGAGAAGGAGUACGGGGAGACGAGGAGGGAGAUGGUGCCGUUGAGGGAUCGGACGGGGCUGGCGAGUGAUUUGGAUGAGGAAGACGAGGAUGAAGACGAUGAGGAUGAGGAUGAGGAGGAGGAGACGGCAGGGGAACGGGCGGCUUUACCUGUUGCGAGCAGGGGGAGCAGCUUGCAGUACGGCAAAGACGCGCGGGAGGACGCAAACGAGGGUCGCAGCGUGUCCCCAAACAACGCCAACCAGCAGGACGCUCGGAUGCAUAUCUCGGCCCCGCGCGAUGCUGACAUUUCGCCAGCGAAGCUGAUGCUCAGCCCGCCGAUGGAGUACAUCAUCCCGCCAAUGUCCCUCCCGAGCCCCGAGAUCUUCCCGCCCGCGGCGCCGAUGCCGCUCACCCCACCUCCCCCGCCGCCAACUGCGGCACCAGCUCCCCCAACCCCGGCAGCGAGUAGUAGCAAGACGGUGAUUUUUGGCACCGCCGCGGCGUCAGGGGAACGGUCCGUUGCGGAGACCGUGCAAUGGGAUCAUGAGGUUGUCGGGCACACAGCGGAGAUUGUAUCCGUCGCGCCGGCUGCCGAGCUCCCACCGCAGCAUCCGGCACUGCAUCUGGCGUCCCCUGGGUCCCCGCCCACGACCCCGCCGCCGUCUGCGUUACCUCCCACACCAACACCCAACGGCGCAUACGAGUUGGAGAUCAUCAAGCCCGUGCACUCGACAAGCACAGGCACGGAUACGAACUUGGACCUCGACCCCCUGCCCCCCCGUAUCCCCGCUGCCUCCUCAGCUCCCCCGCAACAACAACUUCCCCCAAUCCCCUCCUCCAUCCACCAACAACAACAACAACAACACAUCGACCGCACAACCUCCCCCGCUCACACAAAACCCGCGCCCACAAAACCUACCCCCACCCCCACAACAACAUCAGCAGGAGCCCCGCAAACAGCGCUGCCCCCGACCCCCCGCCGCAAAAAAGUCCGCCACGUCCAAAUCCAAACCCGCGCGCCCCCCACAACCACAACCGCCACGCAAACCUCCCCCUCCGAAGAACUCACCACCGAGAACCGCGACCUGUUAGCCGAGGUCGUCCGGCUUCGCUCCCUCGUGCACGGUCUGACGACGGAACGCGAACGCGAGCGCGAGACCAGGGAGGUCGAACGGGGCCGGUAUGAGGCCUUGAGCGAGGGUGCGGUCCGCAAGAUCAGGGAGCUGGUGAGGGAGGUGGAGGAGUACAAGGUCGAGUGUGAGGCCCUGAAGGGUGUGAUUGAGGGAUUUGAAAUGCACCAGCAGGAAUGGGAGGGUGUGUCGUCGGCGGCGGCUGUGGACGGGUCUGCGAUGGAUUUCCGAUGA